AGCCCUCUGGAUUACCUGAGGCAUAAGGCCCGUGAAGCUGCCCGUGAAGCUGCCUUGGCAGACACGGGCACCAGCGCGGCAUCUAAAAUGGGUAACAAUGCCGCGACCGCCAACAAGAAGGUCGACGCCGCCGAGAGCGUCAAGGAAUUCCUCGAUAAAGCGAAGAAAGAGUUCGAGGACAAGUGGAAGAAGAAUCCGACCAAUACCGCCGCCUUGGACGAUUUCGAACGUAUCAAGACCCUCGGCACCGGUUCGUUCGGUCGCGUGAUGAUCGUUCAGCACAAACCCACUAAAGAGUACUACGCCAUGAAGAUACUCGAUAAGCAAAAGGUCGUAAAGCUGAAACAGGUCGAGCAUACGCUCAACGAGAAGAGGAUACUGCAAGCUAUCAGUUUUCCAUUCCUCGUAUCGUUGCGUUUUCACUUCAAGGACAACUCUUACCUGUACAUGGUGCUGGAGUACGUGCCCGGUGGCGAGAUGUUCAGCCACCUGCGCAAGGUCGGCCGUUUCUCCGAGCCGCACUCGCGUUUCUACGCGGCUCAGAUCGUCCUCGCGUUCGAGUACCUGCACUACCUCGAUCUUAUCUAUCGGGACCUGAAACCGGAGAAUUUGCUAAUCGACUCGCAGGGCUACCUCAAGGUCACCGAUUUCGGCUUCGCCAAGAGAGUGCAGGGACGAACGUGGACUCUGUGCGGCACGCCGGAGUAUCUAGCGCCCGAGAUCAUUCUCAGCAAGGGUUACAACAAGGCAGUGGACUGGUGGGCACUGGGCGUGCUGGUCUACGAGAUGGCCGCUGGCUAUCCACCAUUCUUCGCCGACCAGCCGAUCCAGAUCUACGAGAAGAUCGUGAGCGGCAAGCCACGCUUCCCGUCGCACUUCGGCUCUGACCUCAAGGAUCUACUGCGCAAUCUGCUGCAGGUCGAUCUCACCAAGAGGUACGGCAACCUCAAGGCAGGCGUAAACGACAUCAAGGGCCACAAGUGGUUCGCCAGUACCGACUGGAUAGCCGUCUUCCAGAAGCGAAUAGAAGCGCCAUUCAUACCGCGCUGCAAGGGACCAGGCGACACCAGCAAUUUCGACGAUUACGAGGAGGAGACCCUGAGGAUCUCGCUGACGGAAAAGUGCGCCAAGGAGUUCGCCGAGUUUUGAACGCUGCGCCAGGUCAGCAAGUUGCUCGCAACCGGAGGUGGUGGAUACGCACGUCGUGUCGCGCCUCAUCGUCGGGUUGACGCGGCACGGCGCUCCUUCGUCAUCGUUCGCCGUCAUCGCCGUCGUCACGUUGGUGAUUCGCUUUUUUUGCGAGAGAGAAAGAAAGAGAGAGAGAGAGAGAGAGGAAGAGAGUAAAAGAGCGGGAGAGAAAGAGUGAAAGAGAAAGAGAGAAAGAGAAAAGAGUGCAUCUGUGUGUGUCAGCGCGCGCAUCCGCGUGUAAUAUAUGAAAGCUGUUGACUAGGCGAAAAACGGAGUGAAGUUUUUUCCUU